AUGGCCAAUCCGCCCAGGAAUCUCCUCCCUCUCAAAGAGACGAUUCUCAGCAAAUCAAACGGUUCUCCCUCAAAGAUCCUUCUGCUCGGAGGACUCUUAUCUACCACCACGUUGGAUGGACGCACCAAGCUUGCCAAUGGGCUUCCCCAUCGUCCCACACUCCAAGAUGUUGUGCAUUUGGGUGUUAAUGACCUUCCAGAAGGGUUAAAGCAAUGUGCUCUGUACCUGACUCUGUUCCCUAAGGAAUCUGAGAUUCCCACAAGGAGGCUCUUCAGACUUUGGUCAGCUGAAAAUCUCAUGGCUGAGAAUGAAAGAUUCCUCAAGAUCUAUGACUGUUCAAUUCAUGAUAAAAAGAAGUUCAAUGCCCUGCAUAUCGCCAUACAUAGGGAUAUUUAUGGAGGAGGAGAAGCAAAUGCGCAAGUAAAUGUGCCGGAAGCAGGACAAGAGCACUCCGAAACAAAUGCACAAGUAGAGAUCACUCCCACCGAACCACAUCGAAGAAUGUCCACCAGCGACAAUUCUAUGCCGUGUGGCAUCCAACAACUCUGUUCCUAUGUGUCAUUCAACACCAUGAAGCUAGGAACAAGGGCCGGAGAGAUAGCGGUGUUACUUAAACCGCUGGCGUCGAAGAGGGACUCGAGUUUGCUGUGGAUACUUGAUCUUGAGGGUGUCUACAAGCCUUCGUUUCCGGAGGAGCUUGGCAAUAUAUUGCCAAACCUGAAGUACUUGGGGCUGAGACGGACUCUUCUUGAAAGGCUUCCGAAGUCAGUGGGGAUUUUGUCACGCCUGGAAACUUUGGAUAUGAAGUACACUAACAUCUCCGAUCUGCCGGAUUCAAUCUGGGAGGCAGAGAAUCUGCGACACCUAUACAUGACCGAGGUGGUCUUGAAUGUCGCCAUUGGUCAUCAAUUGGAAUCCAAGAAAUCAUUAAAUUGCAACAUCCAAACCAUUUGGGGCUUAGUCACACAUGUUAAUAGUCCUAUGUUGAAAGUGCUGCACAAGUUGACAGGCCUAAGGAAGCUGGCUCUAACGUGGAGGGGCCCUGCAGCGUCGGCAGCAACUGAUAAUAUUUUGAAUCAUUUUUUGAAUCUGAAGAAGCUUAGAUCCCUCAGAUUGCGAUUGGAGCAUCCAUCUGGUGAAAUGGGUGACAUGAGCAGGCUCAAGUCUCUUUCCAACUUGUACUUGAACGGAUAUAUGGGCAUCCGAAGCUUGUUGGAGUCGCACAUUCCUCCGAAUCUAAAAGUACUAACCUUGUCUAGGUCGAGACUAAAAGAGGAUCCGAUGGGAGUCCUGGGAAAGCUGAAAUGUUUGAUCACUCUCCAAUUAUUUGCCAGGUCAUAUGAUGGCUUGACAUUGAGCGUCUCAAAAGGAACAUUUCCAAGCCUCCGUGCCUUGAAAUUGUGGAAGCUGGAGGGCCUGAACAAGUGGACUAUACAGGCAAAUGCAAUGACGUGCCUUGUAGACUUGGAAAUUAAGGACUGCAAGCAGCUGAGGACGAUCGACGGACUGGAGCAAAUCAAAACCUUGGAAGUAAUCACAUUGGUUAGAGUGCCAGAUGAACUCGAGCAAAGUGUCAGAGAUAUGCAGCCAAAUGGGCCAAUUAUAGCGAAGAAUGAGAACAAAAAGGAGCAUUCAGCUGAAGAAGACGGCAAAUGA